AUGUUGAGAUGCCGACGGUCUGAGCGGCGACUGCGCUUGUGGCCAGUGCUGUCCAACAGCUGGGCACGGACUGACAGCCUCCCCCGUGGACGUGAUGCAGGAUAUCAGUUCCAGAACGUGGGACCGCUGGUCGGAUGCCCGCCUUCGCUGUGGAUCUACUUCGUGGGUAGUAGUGUGGUUCCAAACCGUUGCCCCUGGCAAGUUCAAGAGGUGAUGCUGCUCUUUGAGCAACUGUGCGAUGUCACGCAGAGCUACAGUCUGCUGAACAGCGCCUCUGGGUGUGUUGCGACAAAGCGAGACGAGUCGGACCAUGUCAGCAAUCCUGACAGCAGUGAAGACCGCUUGACUGUCCAGGAAGUCUUUGAGCGCUACGACCUUAUCGUAGCAAUGGAUGAGGAAACCCAGACACGGGUCGCCGCUCUGGCUGGUGACAGCUCGCGGCUCUGCUGCCUAUCGGACUUUUUGGAUGUUUGUUCGCUUCAAGACCAACUUUGCCAGCUGAACUUGCUAUGGGAUCGGAAAGGUCUCACCUGUUCCGUGCGGCCAGAUGCUGGCAGUGUCGAGUGUGCCAGGAACUUGACCGACCUUGGUCUGGAUCAGCUGGACAGCUCUGAUGUGCUACUCGUGGCUCAGGCAUUGGCAGUGGCAGGCCUCGAGCGCUUCUUGAUCUCUCUCUUUCCGCAGAGCUUGAAGGACAGACUUCACCCUUAUCUUGUUCCGAAGGGCCUGUGA